AUGAGACUGGCCGCGUACACUGGGGCCUCCGUGGUCUUGGCCACCGGCGUGUUCCUGAAAGCUCUCCAUCAAAGAGCGAACUUCUAUGCGGCAUGUGUAUAUCUCUCGCAAAGUAGUGCGAAUCUUAUGAUCCUUACGAAUUUGUGUCUCCUUAUUACCGGCUUCGUCCUUUUCUGGCUUCAGCGACUUCUCUAUGGACGUUUGCGCCCCAUCGAGACCGAACAACUGUACGAGCGGGCGUGGUUUGCUGUCACAGAGACAUGUCUGGCUAUGACCAUCUUCCGGGGUUCUCUCGGGGGUUGGUUCUUGGUCAUGUUUAUCUCGCUAUUGGUCGGAAAGGUUUGGGGAUGGAUCGGGGAGGGGCGCGUGGAGUUUCUCGAGCAGCAACCACCCGCGAACCCCAGAUUGUUCCACGCCCGCUUGGCGUUGUCCCUGCUUCUUACGACCCUCUUCAACGCGUUCAUGCUGCGGUACUGCAUCAAUACUGUGAUUCACCAAGCGAAGCCGGAUAUGAUGGUGAUGUUUGGGUUUGAGUUUGCAAUUUUGACCAUACUCUCAACCUCGACGGCUGCUCGCUAUUGCAUCGCAUUGGUGGAGAUCUAUAUUAAUCACCAGCAGAAGAAGGCGAAGAUGGAUGAACGCCGGGCUGAGAUUCGAACAGCUCGCCUCGAGGCUAUUCAGGCGCACGCUCGUGCGGGAGCUACUUCCCCUCCUACCGACCUGCCCCACGAGAACGACGUGAACGAGCUAGAAAUUGAUGUCCCCGGAUGGGAAGAAAAGGGUCGCUGGGUCUUUUACCUAGACCUCUUGACAGACUUCGUCAAACUUCUUGUCUACAUUUGCUUCUUUGCCAUUCUACUCACAUUCUACGGCUUGCCAAUUCAUAUCCUUCGCGACGUCGUGGUGACCAUUCGGUCAUUCGCUCGGCGGAUUAUGGACUUCGUUCGAUAUCGGAACGCCACCAGGGACAUGAACGAGCGAUAUCCUGAUGCGACCCACGAGGAAGUGGCAAGGGAGGAAGUCUGUAUCAUUUGUCGUGAGGAGAUGGUCUCGGUUUUGCCCGCCCCUGAUGCUCCCGCCGAAGGUGAACGGCCUCCUGUUGGUGCGCAACUUGGCUGGAGCGGCAGCAGAAUUGCCCUACCUGCCGACGUCCUGUGCCUGGAGAUCAAGCUCCUGGCCAGGCAGGUCAAGCCGAUGGAGCUCCCAGACCUCGCGUCUCAUCAAUUUGGUCCUUUCAGAAUUGGCUUUGGGGCCGUGCGGGGCGACAUGCUCCAUAAUCUGCACCAGCAAAUUCACCAAGGCAAUGUACCACAGCCUGCCAUGAAUGCCAACCAGCCAAAUGGGCGACAGAUUGGAUUUGGGUUCGGUUUCGGACGCCGGCCACCGGCACCUGCUCAACCUGCUCAGCAGUUCCAGGUUCCUCCCACCGCUGAACCAUCCAAUCAUGCCGAUGUCCAUACACAAUUGCAGCAGAUUGAGCAGCGUAUUACGGAAGAAAUCAACUCUCUGCGAGUCGCCACGGAGCAAUUACAGCGUGUGCGUCACCUUCAAAUGGAGUUGGAUCGACUUCGUCUUCAGCAGGCCAACCCCUUCCUCCAACCAACAAGACCUGUCGCCUCUUCAUCGCUGUCUGGAACUUUCACAUCUUCGACUGGUCAGCGCUACGCCAUUGGCCCCGGCGAGGCUGCUAUGGGACCCGGGGAUCCGCGUCUACCAGAAGGCUUCAAUCUUCCAACAGGUUGGACUCUCAUGCCUCUCAAUCCUUCGGGGUGGGGUAACGGUAACGCAGAUCAAGGCGUCAACGAAACGCCUACAGCUUCAGCAGCCUCGACGGCCAGCCCUCCCUCAAACGACAUCUCAGCUCAAGCUCCAGCGACCUCUGAAACUCCAAUUCAAAAUGGAAUUGCCGAGAACAAUACUUCAGCUCCAAGCGCUGCAGCUUUGAACACCACCGCACCAGCCGCACCCCUUCAAACGGUAUUCGAUUGGUCGACACUCGCUGCACCUCCACCAGAACAUAGGACGGAGUCCCCAUCGCAAGAAUGGACAGACGUCCAAUCAGAAGCGGGACCAUCUACAAUUCCAGCAUGGGGUAACAACGGCCAAGCCAAAGAAGCUUCCAUAGGCAGUGAACAACCCGGGGACCCUUCAAAGGGUAAGGCUCGCGGUCCUACUGUGGAAGAGGCCGAGGAAGAGGCGUCUUGA